AUGGCACUUCUCAAGAUCAAAUUUCCCUUCCAGAAAAGGGUCCGUUUGGCCCAGGGUCUGUGGCUGCUGUCAUGGGUCGCCAUGGUCUCUGGAGCCACUGCCUUUGCCAUGGGAGUCUUCCUCAAGACCGAGCUUUUCCGCAGGGCUGAGGUGAUGCAUAACAAUGACAUCCAUAUUGUGCCCAAUCUGCUCAUGGUGGUUGGGCUGACAUCUGUGGGUAUCAACAUCUGCGCUGGUAAAGUGUGUCAGGACUCGUUGGAUGCCUCGCGGUUUCCACGCUGGAAAAACAUCCUCACUUCUUUCUUCUGCAUCUCCGUCUUCUUUUCUUCUCUGCUGCUGGUCGCUAUGAUUUUGAGCUAUGUCCUGCAGCCCAGCCUGGAGGAGUCUCUCAAAGUGGGCUUGAAGAACGGCAUUCGUUUCUAUAAGGACACAGACACACCAGGCCGCUGCUUCCAGAAGGAGACAAUUGACCGUCUGCAGAUAGAGUUCCAGUGCUGUGGGAACACCAAUUACAGGGACUGGUUCGAAGUGCAGUGGGUCAACAACCGAUACCUGGACUUCACCUCUAAGGAAGUGAAAGACCGUGUAAAGAGUAACGUGGAUGGCCGUUAUCUAAUGGAUGGAGUCCCUUUCAGCUGCUGUAACCCAGCUUCCCCCAGACCCUGCAUCCAGUACCACCUCUUAGACAACACAGCCCAUUACAACUAUGAGUACCAGAGUGAGGAGCUGAAUCUGUAUAACCGUGGCUGCCGUCAGGCUCUGGUUAACUACUACAUGGGCCUGAUGAACACGAUUGGGCCUGGAGUGCUAGCUGUAUUUCUAAUUCAGAUUACUGUGUUGAUUGGCCUGCGCUACCUGCAGACCUCCAUGGAAGCCGUGGAAGGCCAGGAAAAUGUGAACAUUGAGACGGAAGGUUACAUCCUGGAAAAAAGUGUGAAGGAGACAGCCAAAGAGUUAAAAGAGAAGGUGAUGAAGUUGUUUCAGCAGGCUCAGGUGGAGGCUGCUGCUCCAGCAGCCGAACCAGAGGCAGCAGAAAAAACAGACACGGCCUCCAGCUAA